AUGGAAUAUAGAAAGAGAAUCAUAUGUUUCAGGAUAGGGAAAAAGGCAAAUUCCUGGGGUAGAAGUAGACUCUGUUAUCAGCCGCCACCUAACAAAAAUCCAUCCAAUCACAAUUCACAACUGCCUCUGCUUCCCCUGUCCUUACUAAACUUGACCAUCCAAUCACGUGACUCUCUCUCUCUCAUGCAAUUGCUCCUUCCUAAUCAUGCAAAAAACAUAUAUAAACAAACCUGUAUAUAUACAAAAAGGAAAAACCACACAGAGAGAGAGAGAGAAAAAAAAAAGAAAAUGGUGGGGAGUUCAUCAACAAGAAGUGAGAGUGAGAAGGAGAAAACAAAGCUUAGAGAGAGGCAGAGAAGAGCCAUUACCACCAAGAUUUUCCAUGGACUUAGGAGACAUGGUGGCUACCAUCUCUCUCCUCGAGCUGACAUCAAUGAAGUCCUCCGUGAGCUUGCCAAGGAGGCUGGUUGGGUUGUUGACCCUGAUGGUACCACCUACCGCUAUAAGCUCGUAAAUCGCUGCCCGACUUGCGGGGCAAUCCCAAAUAAUACAAGCACCACCGCAACACCCACCACCAGUAGCACUGUGGUUGCCGGAGGCGGAGCUGGUGCAGAGUGUUCAACUACCACCUCGCCCUGCUGCAUUGAUCCCACCGCCGUGAUGAUCAAUGCCAACAGCAAUGGCGAACCUACCACUACAGCAACUUCAUGCACUUAUAUAUGCAGUGAUGGUUCCGGUGGCGGUGGUGGUGAUGGUGACCUCCCUCUUGCAUUCUACAUGUACAGAGGACUUGCUGGUGGUAUCACGUAUCCCCCCAUCACUACCACCACAGUUGCAGCAGUUGGAGGUGGAGUGAAGGUAGCCACUAAUCAUGAGCAGCACCAACAGCAAGGAACAUACAUGCAAGAGGCAAAGGCAUCUAACCAGAGUACACCUGUGGAGUCACCUCUGCGCCGUACUAACUAAAAAAGUUUGAUAUACUUGGAAUUCAGAAUGUGGUCUCAAUUGCAUCCUUCAUUUCCUAGUCUAGCUCUUUGCAUUAUAUAGUAUGUGAACAUACUGAGAAUAUAUAAAGAUUCAAUAUUUGAAACUUCUUGA